CAAACAAAACGUGCUGAACACCAUGACACCGAAGAAGAACACUCAAAAUGGCGACACGGUAGAAAAGUUCAUGCUGUUUUGUCUGUUCUGUAUUCCUCUUAUCUUUUCCAUGUAGUUGUUUUAAUAAUAAUACCAAGUCACUGCUAUCUGACAUAAGGAAAUACGUGUUGUUAGUUUUUUUUUGACAACGCGAGAAUUUGAAUGUUAUCGAAGUUACAAACUGUUAUUAUUCCACACAUUUUAUGAUCACAGAAGGCCCACUAGCUAUGCUAUUUGUCUUUAUUUUUUACUUUGGGUGGAAAUGUCAAAGAUUAUCAGUGUGUCUCUAAGAGAGUUGUUGGAAGAAAUCUGUUGAAGUGAGCAUGAAGAGGAUCAACACAUAGAAAUGGAAGAGGAUGUGAAGAAAGUGAAGAAGCCGGGUAUCGUGUCUCCCUUCAAGCGUGUGUUUCUGAAGGGAGAAAAGGGUAGAGAUAAAAAGGCUCAGGAGAAGACUACAGAACGCCGUGCCCUCCACACCUUCUCCCUCUCCCUCCCCGACCACCGCAUCGACCCUGACAUCCUGCUCAAUGACUACGUAGAGAAGGAAGUCAAGUACUUGGGCCAGCUGACGUCAGUACCAGGAUACCUGAACCCCUCCAGUCGAACAGAGGUGCUACAGCUCAUUGACAAUGCCAGGAAGUCCCACCAGUUGGCGGGUCAGCUUACUUCGGAGCAGGAUGCAGUGGUCAGUCUGUCCGCCUAUAAUGUGAAGCUGGUGUGGCGGGAUGGAGAGGACAUCAUACUGCGUGUUCCCAUCCACGACAUCGCUGCCGUGGCAUACAUACGAGACGACUCACUGCACCUGGUGGUGCUCAAGACAGCCCAGGAGGCAGGUGUGUCCCCGUGCCCCAGUACCUGUCCUGACCUGUCUAAGUCCCAGACCCUCAGCUCUCUGUCUGAGAGCGGGGCUGUACUGGUAGAGGUCUGCUGUCUGCUAGUACUGGCUGUAGACAACAAGACAGCAGCAGAGGAGCUGUGUCUGCUACUCAGCCAGGUGUUUCAGAUAGUUUAUACUGAGUCCACUAUAGACUUCCUGGACAGAGCCAUCUUUGACGGAGCCACCACCCCCACCAGACACCUCUCUCUCUACAGUGACGACUCGUCAAGCAAGGUGGACCUUAAGGAAUCAUUCGAAGCAGAGGCCAGCACCUUUUCUUUCCAGGGUUCUCUAGAGGCAGGGGGCGACUCUCCGUCCCCCACCUCCACCCCAGCCUCCCCUCAGACCAAGACAGCCAGCGAAGGAGAGCUGAGCACCACCGCCACAGAGCUUCUACAAGACUACAUGACCACGUUGCGUACCAAGUUGUCGUCUCAGGAGAUCCAGCAGUUUGCUACUCUUCUUCAUGAGUACCGUAACGGAGCGUCCGUCCAUGAGUUCUGUAUCAACCUUCGCCAGCUCUACGGGGACAGCAGGAAGUUCCUCCUACUGGGUCUGAGGCCGUUCAUCCCAGAGAAGGACAGCCAACACUUUGAGAACUUCCUGGAGACCAUCGGUGUUAAGGACGGUCGUGGCAUCAUCACUGACAGCUUCGGACGCUACCGCCGCACCGCCAGCUCCGCCUCCGACUCAACCACCAAUGGGAACGGGGCGGUGGGAGGGGACGGGGGUGGGUCUGACGAAGGGCUUGUGCCCUCCGAAGGAGACGAAUGGGACCGUAUGAUCUCUGAUAUCAGUAAUGAUAUAGAGGCUCUGGGUGUCAGUAUGGACCAAGAAGGGGUCACACCCUAGCCUCUAACCCCUUGCCUCGAGUCUGGGUUGCAGUAUGGACCAAGAGGGGAUGACACCCUACCCCCCUAGACCCUACUCC